UAUUAUUAUUGUGUCUUAAACUGAAUUUAAGGAGCUUCAGGAAAGGAUGAAAAUUGAGCGCCAAAUGUGGGAAGAGAAUUACCUCAAGAAGCAGGAGGCGGUUCUAAUGACGAGGGAGAGAGAGAUGAGAGAAAGAUUGAGAAGAGAGAGGGACAUGGAGAUAGAGACUGUUAUUCAAAAGUUAGAAAAGGAGACAGCGACUGCUAGAGAUGAGACUGAGAGAGGAGCAGAAUCAAGAAUAAAGAGAAUACGAGAGAAAUAUGAGACUGAAUUACGAGAAGUUGAGAGAUCAGAAAAGAAUACUCUUCAAAAAUUUAACACAAUGAAAAGCCAGUUAUCAGAUUUGGAAGGUGAAGUGGUCAAACUACGCUCUCACCUCCGACUAAAGGAAGAAGAAGUAGCAGAGAUCAGUCAAACAGCAUCUAGACUGACCCGUGAACGAGACCAAUUUGCUGACAUAGUCAGACAAGAAUUUGCAGAGAGACUAAUAUCAAUUGAAGAAGAGAAUAGGCAGUUCAAGUUAGAGUUAAGUGAGUUACAGGCGAAGCACAAAUUAGAGUUAGAGAGACUUCAAAGAGGAAAGGAGAGGGAACUAGCUGAGCUACAUGAUCGGGUCAAACAGGCUCUAGCUAAGAAAGAAGAGAAUCUAAAAUCACUUAGAACACAGCAUCAGGCGGCACUCAAGAGGGCAGAUCACUUAGAAAUGUUACUGGAGCAGCAACGAAAGGAAUUAUUGAAAAGAUGAAGUCACUCACUAAAUAAAAUGGAUAUCACUUAUUGUUAAUUUAAUUAAACACCUAACCUCUCACAUCUAUAUGCACCUGUUUCAUUUUAAAAUGCAUCAGAAGUGAUCAUACUUAUUUCCACAUUAAA